AUGAAAGAAAAAAAUAACAUAAUUCUUUCUUUCUUCCUUCUUCUGUUCAUAUCUAUCUAUCUAUCUAUCUAUCUAUCACAGUCUGUUCAUAUCUAUCUAUCUAUCUAUCUAUCUAUCUAUCUAUCUAUAAUAUCUUUUCAUAUCUAUCUAUCUAUCUAUCUAUCUAUCUAUCUAUCUAUCUAUCUAUUGUUAUUCUCUCUUCAACACUCUCUGUCCUCGCUUGUCUCUCACUCUCAACACACUUUCUCUUCUCCCUUGUCUCUCUCCCCUUUUCCCUCUCAUCCAACUCUCUCUCUAUCUUUGCUUGUCUCGCAUUCUCAAUACACGCUGUCUCUCUCUCUCCGCUCUUGUCUUUCACUCUCAUCCCACUCCCACUCUCAUUCCUUGCUUCUCUUUCACUCUCAAUACACUCUCUCUAAACCUUUGUCUCACUCUCUCUUUCACUCUCAUCCCACUCUCGCUUCUCGCUUGUUUUUCACUCUCUUUUGGCCUUUGUCACUUUCUCUUUUUUCCCCUUUUCGCUUUUCUCCCUCUCUUUUAUUCUCAACGCACUCUCUUUUCUCCCUCUCUUUUAUUCUCAACGCACUCUCUUUUCUCCCUCUCUUUUAUUCUCAACGCACUCUCUUUUCUCCCUCUCUUUUAUUCUCAAUGCACUCUCUUUUCUCCCUUGUUUCUCUCUCACACUUUCACACUCAACACACUCUCUUUUCUCCCUCUCUUUUAUUCUCAACACACUCUCUUUUCUCCCUCUCUUUUAUUCUCAACGCACUCUCUUUUCUCCCUCUCUUUUAUUCUCAACACACUCUCUCUUCUCCCUCUCUUUUAUUCUCAACGCACUCUCUUUUCUCCCUCUCUUUUAUUCUCAACGCACUCUCUCUUCUCCCUCUCUUUUAUUCUCAACACACUCUCUCUUCUCCCUCUCUUUUAUUCUCAACACACUUUCUUUUCUCUCUUGUCUCUCUCUCUCUUUCACUCUCAACACACUCUCUCUUCUUCCUUGUUUCUCACUCUCUUUUACUCUUGAUACAUUCUCUUUUCUUCCUCGUCUCUUUCUCUCUUUCAAUCUCAACACUUUUUCCCUCGUCUCUUUCUAACACCUUUUCAUUCUCAACACCCUCUUUCUUACUUCUCUCUUUCUCUCUCUUUCACUAUCCAGACUCUCUUUUCUCUCUUGUUUCCCACUCUCUUUCACUCUCAACACUCUCUUCUCCUUUGUCUUUCUUUCAGUCUUCUGUCUCUCUCUCUCUCUCUUUCUCUCUCUCUCUUUUUCUCCCACUAUCAACACACUGUCUUUUUUCAGUCACUAUCGCAACUUCCCAGCCUCAAUUUUAUUCCUCUAAUUUUUUUCCUCAUUCUUUGUGUCUGUGA